AUUCUGCUCUGCUGGAAUACUUCCGCCUGUCUCGCGUAAUCAGUUUAUCCGAAGUCACGUGAUACCAAGAGAUCUACAAUCUCCCUCGUUGAUCUAUCGCUCGUUCACAAGAUCCAUAUGAACCAAAAAGCAUGGCCUGGCGAUGUUCGGCGUCGACGAACGCGAAACUGGUCGACAACCUCGCGGCCGCGCAACUGCUGAGCACGUCCCGCGUCAUCGACGCAUUCAAAGCCACCGACCGCGGCCUGUUCUCCCCCCGCAGGCCGUACGAAGACGCGCCCCAGUACCUGGGCUACGGGGCGACCAUCUCCGCGCCCCACAUGCACGCCGUCGCGGUCGAGUCGCUGCAUGAGUAUCUUUAUCCCGGUGCGGCCGCGCUGGAUAUCGGGUCUGGAUCGGGGUAUUUGCUCGCCGUGAUGGCGAAGCUGGUCAUGCCUGGCGGAAAGGUCUGCGGGAUCGAGCAUAUCAGGGAGUUGAACGAUGCCGCUGUCGAGAGAUUUCUCAGCUCCGAAGGCGAGCAGGGAAAUUCCUGGAUAAAGAACGGCGACGUUGUGUUUUGGACCGGCGACGGGCGCAAGGGGUGGCCGGAUCCUGAGAUCAAGUUUGAUGCUAUCCACGUCGGCGCAGCGAUCCCUGUCGUCCCCGAAUCUCUGAUAUCACACCUCAAAUCCCCCGGCAAGAUGUUUAUCCCCGUCGGCGAGGCAGGCGACACGCAGCACAUCUACGAAAUCGUCAAAGACAGCGCCGGCGUCGUCACGCACAAUCGCAAGUUUGGCGUUUCCUACGUCCCGCUCGCGGACGCAGAGUAUUACUACUCAAAGGGUGAUAAUCCGCUCGUCACUUGAAUUUUCUUGUUUACGGCGAGUCGGGUGGAAAUGUCAGAGGGUGUGCUAUUAUGAUAUACAAAACGACAUCUUCCCAAAUCCCUACUCUGAUCAUUCACAGCUGGGGCAAUAGAAGCCAUUCUGCAGUGUA